AAAUAGCUGAAAAGAAAAUAAAAUUGAAAGCAAAAAUUUUCCAUUGCCAUAUUUCUCAAUCAUCUUAUGAUCAUUGGAAUUGAAAAAAAAAAAUUAUUUUUCAGUAAAAAAAAUGAGCACCCAUCAAGUCCCUCUCCCUCCAGGGAGUGAAAGAAUGAGGACGAAUUGGACGCCGUCGAUGGAACGUUAUUUUAUCGAUCUUAUGUUAGAUCAGAUGCAUAGAGGGAAUAGAAUGGGGCAUACAUUUAACAAACAAGCUUGGACUGAUAUGUUGAAUUUGUUCAAUGCGAAAUUCGGGAGUAAAUAUGAUAGGGAUGUCCUGAAAAGUCAUUACUCUAGUUUAUGGAAGCAAUACAAUGAGGUCAAGGUUCUUCUUGAACAGACUGGAUUUUCUUGGGAUGAUACCCGGAAAAUUGUCGUUGCAGAUGAUCAUGUUUGGGAUGCAUUUAUCAAGACAAAUCCUGAUUCACAAUGCUACAGAAGGAAGUCGUUGAUGAACUUCAAUGACUUGUGCUUGAUAUAUGCGUAUACGAUGGCAGAUGGGAGAUAUAGCCGGUCAAGUCAUGAUGUAGACGUAGAUGAUGACAUUCAAGGGCUUAAUAUUGGUAGUCUUCUUCCAACAAGUACUGAGCAUGACAAAAAAGAUUGGACACCAGCGAUGGAUCGGUAUUUUAUUGAGCUUAUGUUGGAUCAACUUAAAAAGCGCAAUAAAAAGGAUAUGACAUUCUCCAAGCAAGCAUGGAAACAUAUGGUGACUUUGUUCAAUGAAAAUUUUGGUUAUUUAUACAGUGUCAGUUUAUUAAAGCGACGCUAUAAGAAGCUGUACAAGUAUUAUAGUGAUAUGACAAGCCUACUUGAGAGAAGAGGAUUUUCUUGGGAUGAAAGACAACAAUUAAUAUUGGCUGAUGAUGAGGUUUGGGAAAAGUGUAUCAAGGCACAUCCAGAUGCAAAUCCAUACCGGGGGAAGACCUUAUUGAACUAUCAGGAUUUGAGCUCAAUUUAUGGGAAGCAAGUCAUAUAUGAUCAUCAGGAUCAUGUACGCCACAAUAAGAACUUGGAAAAUGGAGAUAUGCAAAUCAGGACUGCUGAAGGGAGGAAUAGUUAUUCCUAUCCUCAAAGUAAUGGUUUUGGAUCAUCCUGGACACCAUCGAUGGAUCGCUAUCUCAUUGAUUUGCUGCAAGACCAGGCUCUCCGAGGGAAUAAAAUUGGUCAGGAAUUGACAAUGGAGGCCUGGAAUGAAAUGAUCAGGUUGUUCUCUGAUAGGUUUGGGUCCCAUCAUGAUAAAGUAUUUCUCAAGAAUCAGUACAAACAUUUAAGAAGUCAAUACAAUGGCAUUAAUUUUCUCCUUGAGCAGAAUGGGUUUUCUUGGGAUGAAAAUCGAGAGAUGAUAACAGCUGAAGAUCAUAUAUGGGAUUCAAUUAUCAAGGUUCAUCCUGAUGCUAGUUUAUAUAGAAACAAGUCUGUGCCAAGCUAUCACAAGCUAUGUGUCAUAUUUGGUGAAGAAAAUUCCAAAGAAAGAUACAGUCUUAGCGCUCAUGAUGCAGAUCUUGACGGUGCCUGCUCAGCUUUUACUACGGGAGACAAUGACCAAUGCCAUGCAAAUGGCGAUUGUUCACUGACUGAGUGGACACCUAUGAUGGACCGCUAUUUUAUCGACCUUAUGUUAGAACAAGUGGCUAGAGGGAAAAAAACUGACUGUAGUUCGGAUGAUCAAGCUUGGAUAGAUACCACUUUGUUAUUCAAGGAAAAGUUCGAAUUAAAACUUGACAAGGACUUUUUAAAGAGUUAUUAUGAAAGUUCAAGGAACUUGUUCAUUGAUAUGAAAAAUCUGCUUGGUCAGAGAGGAUUUUCUUGGGAUGAAACCCAGCAGCUGGUCACAGCACAUGAUAAUGUUUGGGAUACCUAUAUUAAGGAAAAUCCAGAUGUCAGAUUAUACAGAGGCGAGCGCAUGCCAAAUUACAAUGACUUGUGCUUGAUUUAUGGAAAUUCAAAUUCUGAUAAUGGAGGGAAUCAAUUUGAUCCAGGAACCGAGCAUCAUAAUAGCCAGUUCUGGAGCACUGAUUGGACUCCACCAAUGGAUCGAUUUUUCAUUGAUCUAAUGCUAAAGCAUGUUCGUCAAGGAAGUAUGGUGAAUCUAAGAUUUAGCAGGCAAGCAUGGAGCAAUAUGGUUGAAAAGUUGAAUGCUGAAUUUGGGUCUCAGCAUGACAAAGAUGUCUUCAAGAAUCGGUUUAUGAAUUUAAGGAAGCGAUUCAUUGAUAUGAAUAACUUACUUGGUCAGAAAGGAUUUGCUUGGGAUGAACGUAAACAGAUGAUAAUUGCUAAUGCUGAUCUCUGGAACUCUUACGUCAAGGAAUAUCCAGAUUCCCGGGCAUAUUAUAAUAGAGCUCUUCCAAAUUAUAAUGAUCUGUUUUUGAUUUUCGGAGAUUCAAGAAGUGACGGAAUACCUGAUUCCGGUCACUCAAUAGUUGCUGAUGAUGACCAUCUAGCCGAUGAUGAGGGCCAAUCCUUGUUUGAUGAUGAUCCUCCACAAACAACUUGGACAAAAUCAAUGGAAGUGUAUUUUAUUGAACUCCUCUUAGAACAGGUGUUUAAAGGGAAUAAGAUUGGUCCGACAUUCAACGAACAAGCGUGGGCUUGGAUAGUUGCCUCGUUCAAUAAUAAAUUUGGUCUUCUAUGUGAUAAAGAAGAUGUUGAAAGCUGGUAUUCAAGCUUGAUGGAAGAGUACAACAACAUUACAGAUCUUCUGAUGCAGAAAGGCUUUGCUUGGGAUAGAAUUGAGCAAAGAGUGAUUGCUAAUGAUGAUGAUUGGAAAUUUUAUUUGGAGGAAAAUCCAGGUGCAAUCAAGUACAGGGAUAGAAUUGUAUGUAGUUACAUCGAUCUUUCUGUGAUUUUUGGCAAUGAAGCAGCGCCUAUCAGAAGUUCAAGAAAUUCGAGUGUGAAAAUGGUGACAGAUAACCAUACACAGGACAUGGGGCUGGACAGCAUUUUCGGAGAUAAAGAAUACCAAACUGGAGAAUUUGAAAUAUCAGAUCAUCGAAAGAAACGUAAGCCCACCACUUCAUCAACCUCGGUAGCUCCCACGAAAGUUCAAAGGCAGACGACGGAGUAUCCAGAAGUACUCUAUCACAAGCCGCGGAUGAUCAAAAUGGUGAAGAAAACUAAGGAGAAAAAAGAACACAUGUCGAUCGAAGUUAUCGUGAAUGCGCUCCAAACGAUACCAGACAUGGACGACGAGCUGUUCUUGGAAGCCUGUCAGCUACUCGAGGAUGAAAAGAAGGCCACGGUGUUUGUGGGUAUGGAUGUAAAUGGAAGGAGGAAAUGGCUUUACAGAAAGCUCCACAGACAGCAUCUGCCUGUUUAUAUAGACUGAAAAUAUAUUAUCAAUGUACAGUUUUAAAAACAUAUUUAAAUAGGCCAAUUGUCAAUGCAAAUGCAGUUUAUCUCAUAACCAAUACUCUAUGAUUUACGUCAAUUAACCCUACAAAAAUGGGGUCAUUGACUUAUUUUGAAAGCUUUGUGUUGUACAAUUUGGAGUUAAUGGAAUUAAAUUUAGAGAGUA